CACUGGUUAUUUCAACAUGUUAAUGUCAAUUCCCCCCAAAGUAUAAUAUGACGAUGACGUCAUUCGAUCAUGGCCUGCAAAUUAAGCUUGCUUGCUUGGUCCCUCCAUCCCUCCCAACUAUAAUAAAUAACUUCAAUUGUUGAAGAAUCGAUGUAGGAUCCGAAUUUAUGAAUUAAUUUUGUGGGAACAAUAAGCAAGCAAUUAAUGGGUAUUGGUUGUUGUUGUGCCUCUUUUGAUUCAUGUAAAUCCGAUACCGAUCCUCCUCCUCCCCUUCCCUCAAAUGAUCUAGAUAUGAUUGCUACAAACAACGUUAAACAAUUCUCAUAUAAUUCGUUAAGAUCAGCUACAAGAAACUUUCACCCAUCCAAUAAGAUAGGCGGAGGUGGAUUUGGAGUUGUCUACAAGGGGGUUCUGAGAGAUGAUGGUACUCAUGUUGCAAUUAAGUCUCUCUCUGCUGAAUCUAAACAAGGGACUAUUGAAUUCUUGACUGAAAUUUAUAUGAUUUCCAGAAUUAAGCAUCCCAACCUCGUUCAACUCAUCGGUUGUUGUGUUGAAGAUGGUCAUCGGAUUCUGGUCUAUGAGUUCUUAAAAAACAACAGCCUUUCUUCUGCUCUACUAGUUAAUGGUUCGAGAUCAGGCAAACACAUAGACCUGGAUUGGGCUACACGGGUUAGUAUAUGCAAAGGCACAGCAUCAGGUCUUGCAUAUCUUCACGAGGAAGCCGAACCACAUAUUGUCCAUCGAGAUAUAAAGGCGAGCAAUGUACUUCUUGAUGAAAACUUUCAUCCUAAAAUUGGAGAUUUUGGACUUGCAAAACUUUUCCCUGAUAAUGUUACUCAUGUUAGUACUCGAGUUGCUGGAACAGUGGGAUAUCUGGCUCCAGAAUAUGCGAUGUUGGGACAACUUACAAAGAAAGUGGAUGUAUAUAGUUUUGGCAUACUUAUGCUUGAAAUUAUAAGUGGUAAAAGUAGUAGUAAAGUAGCCUUUGGCGAGGAUCUUUUGGUUCUGGUUGAAUGGGUUUGGAAACUCAAAGAUGAAGGAAGACUUCUAGAAAUUGUUGACCCUGACCUAACAGAUUGUCCAGAUGACGAGAUCAUGCACUUCAUUACAAUUGCACUGUUCUGUACACAAGCGGUUUCAAGCCAAAGACCGUCAAUGAAACAAGUAGUCGAGAUGCUCUCAAAAAAAGUAAACCUUAAUGCAGGACUGUUAACAGAGCCUAGGAUAUACAGAUCACAUACUUCAGAGAGGCGUUCUGGUAGUGGUAAGUCACUAGAAGCCAAAAAAUCCCGAGCAUUUAAUGGCAAGCAGACAGUAAAUCCUUUUGUAACUGUCUCAUCUUCAGAAGUUAGCAAUUCUUAUAGUAUAUCACGAAUGUUUCCAAGAUGAAUCUAUUCAAAUACUACCACGUACUUAAUUGGUAACUUAUGGACAGAGAUCAACCAAUUAUGGUUUCUCGGAUAGAAUAAGGUUGUAUUGUAUAAGUCAUCAAUAUAUUCGUUUCAAAAGCA